AUGCUACCCUUCGCCAUAGCCAUAGCUGCCCUUUUUGGACCAAUUGGUUCAUAUGCAACGGCUGCAGGCCCAUCGGCUUGUUCCAACAUUACUUCGCAUCUGGGAUCAGCCAAGGUCAUCAGCAGUGAGAUCAGUCUGAAGUAUAUCAACAGUAUUGAGUACUACAAUACUGUCCAAGACUCCUACAAACCAUCCUGCAUUGUCUACCCCAAGUCUUCUCAAGACGUCUCCGUGGCUCUCCAGGCCAUCCGAUCUGCGGACAGUCGCUUUGCAAUCAAGGCUGGCGGCCACAACCCAAACACCUUCUAUUCAUCUGUCGACAAUGGCGUCCUCAUCGACUUGAGCAGCCUCAAUGCAAAGUCAUACGACCCAGAAACUACACUGGCUACAUACGGACCAGGCGGUACAUUUGGGGACAUAUAUGACUACUACGUGAAAUAUGGCCGCACAGUAGUCGGCGCUAGACUUGCCGGCGUUGGCACUGGUCUGGCACUGGGUGGUGGUAUGAGCUAUCUCUCGCCCCAGUACGGAAUGGCCAGCGAUUCAUUCCGGGAGCUGGAAAUAGUUCUACCGGACGGCAAAAUUGUGACGGCAUCCAACACCUCCAACCCGGAUCUCUUCUUCGCAUCCCGAGGCGGCGGCGGGAAUGCAUACGGCGUCGUGACAAAGUAUACAGUACAAAGUCGGCCAGCUGGCAACUUCUACGCUGGAAACGUCAUCUACGCCUUCGAGCAGAAAGACACCGUUCUUGAGGCGAUUCACAACUUCAUCAAAUACAACACCGACCCCAAAGCAAGUAUCAUCGGCACCUACGAGAAAAUUCCCACCCCAGAUCUGAACCUGAACCUCGACGAAAUCACCAUCAUGUUCCUCGUCUACGAUGGCGAGGACUCAGGCAGUGCAUUCUCAAACUUUACCAGCAUCCCACACCUACUCAACACCCUCAGCACCAAGACCUACCCAGAAGUAGUUAACAUGCCAAUCCCCUAUUCCACCGAGAUCUCCCGCGGCGCCAACAUCUUCCGCGUUGGAGUGCACCGCGCCGACACGGACGAAUACAAGACGGCAAUGGACAAAUGGCGCGACUGGGCCGAGUCAAACAAGAGCAAAUACACCCUCCUCUCACUGGAUUUCCAGCCCGUCCCCAAGAGCUUGACAGAUGCCAGCAAGGCCCAGGGCGGAAAUGCCAUGCAGAUGCCUGACGGCCCGUGGUUCUGGUUGAAUUACUUGAUUCAGACGCCGCCGUUGAUGAGUGGGCCUGAUUAUGAUGCUGUUCAUUCUAGCUUCCGGGAUAUGGUUGCUUCGACUAGUAAUGCUGAGGGUUUGCCGUUGUUUAUUAAUGAUGCUAGUCAUGAUCAGAAUCCGCUUUCGACUUUCUCCACUUAUACUAAGUUGCAGGAGAUUAAGAAGAAGUAUGAUCCUGAUAACUUCUUUGCUGAUCGGACUGGUGGUUGGUCUUUUGCUUAG